AUGCACACUAUAUGCUCUGAGAACAGUACCACAAACUCAGAUUCUGUAGAUCUAAGUGAGAAACUCACAAAGUGUUAAGAAGCAAUAUUGAAGAAGGAAAAUUUAACGAAUGCGAUGGUUCUAGAAGACGGUUUGGUUUAUAUUGGCGAGAUGGAAAAUAAUGAGCCACAUGGGUUUGGUAUUCUGAUCUACCCAAAUGGAUCAGUUUUGGAAGGUAAUUGGAUUAAUGGAAAAGCAAAUGGAAUGUGCAAGCUACAGUAUAGUCAGGAUGAAUAUUACUCUGGAAAUAUUCUAAAUAACAGAUUUCAGGGAUAUGGUGAAUAUGUUAAUCAUAAGUCUUCAGUUUAUAAGGGAGAAUGGGAAAAUAACGAGAAGCAUGGUUACGGAGAGGAAUAUUUCAAGAAUGGCUCCAUUUAUUGUGGGAAUUUUAAUACAGGGAUGAGAGAUGGAGAAGGAGUGUACUUGUCAAGUAAUGGAUCGAAAUAUGAAGGAUAAUUCAAAUAUAAUAAGAUGGAUGGAGAUGGGAAGAUGUUUUGGGGAGACGGUAGCACUUACAAGGGUUAAUUCCAAAAUAAUGAUAUAAAUGGAUAUGGAGUGUACACAUACCCAGAUGGAAGUUAUUAUGAGGGAUAUUUCAUAAAUGGGAAAAGAAAUGGUAUUGGUACUUUAAUCAGAUAUGAUGGAUACGAAGUUAAUGGAGAAUGGGAGGACGAUAAAUUAUAUAAAAAUUGA